AACAAAAAAACCUUUAGAUUGGCUGUGCGCUGUGCGGUCUCCCAAGUAGUCUUUGAAAAUUUCCAAUUUUUAGGGCGUCCUUACUCAUUUGCCUAGUUCAUAUCUGAAACCUCAGCUCAUUCCUUCAGCUCAGCCCCCGCCACACCGAACUUUUUUCUCUUUCGGUGAGAGAUCUGGAUCGUAAUAAGCUUCCCAGCUAUGGCAUACUCAGAGGCCGGAUCAAGUAGUGAUGCUGCACAAGUAUCAGGAGGUAAGUAUCAAGUGUCCCUGAAUUUCAGAGGACCCGACACCCGUUAUGGAUUCACAGAUUUCCUCUAUCACGGAUUGAUAAAUGUUGGAGUCCGCGUAUUCAUGGAUGAUGAGAAACUCAGCGUCCGCGAAGCGAUUGGUGGAGACCUUCUUCAUGCUAUCGACGACCCCAUAAUCUACAUACCCAUCUUCUCUCGGACUUAUGCUUCCAGUAUAUGGUGCCUCCGUGAGCUUAGGCAUAUAGUAGACAACGUGUCUAUGUCGAAGGGUACAAAAAGUAUUUUACCUGUUUUUUGGCGUGAAACCUGAUGAUGUUAAACUUAAGACUCCACUAUAUGAAGAUGCUCUGCUGAAACACAAGGAGCUGUUUCCAGAUGAAGUAGAGAGGUGGAGAGCGGCUCUUGCAGAAGUAGGUGGAAUCAAGGGAUGGCACUGGGAUGGAAAUCAAAGCCCAGCAUUGAUAGUUGAAUCGAUUGUUGACAAGGUUUUAGUGAAGCUGGCAACAAGAAAAAAAGUAGUGACUGAACAUUUAGUUGGACUUGAUGAUCGGAUAAAAGAGUUGACAGAAUUAUUAGAUGUCGACCAUCCAAAUGUGCAGCUUAUUGGAAUUUAUGGAAUGGGUGGCAUCGGUAAAACAACUGUUGCCAAGGUUGUCUUCAAUACACUAUCUUCCCACUUUGGAAAUACUUGUUGCUUCCUUGAGAAUGUUCGAGAAUGCUCAUUGACCAAGGGCAUAGUCGAGCUACAAAAGAAUUUACUAUCUGACAUUGUUGGUAUUAAACCUAUGGAAAUUGUGAAUAAUUAUGAACAUGGAAUGAUGAUGAUCGAAGAAGUACUCAGUACUAAGAAGGUCCUUGUGAUUUUGGAUGAUGUUGCUGAAAAAUGGCACAUUGAGUACCUAAUAGGAAGACGUCCAUUAGCUCCAGGAUCCCGCAUAAUCAUUACAACGAGAGACCAAACUAUUAUGCCAGGUAAGUGGUUUAAUAGUGACAUUCGACGGUAUGAGAUACCAAAGAUGGAUGAUGCUGUUGCACUUCAGCUUUUUUGUCGGCAUGCUUUUGAUAGGGACUUCCCUCUCAAUGAUUAUCGUAAACUUUCAAAUGAAAUUGUCUCAACCACGGAACAACUUCCUUUGGCUAUUGAAGUGAUAGGUUCAUUACUUAAGGGUCAAGGCAAAGAAUUUUGGCAAGGGAUGUUGGUCAACUUAAGGAAUGCACCUAAUAGAGAGGUUCGAAAGAAGUUGCAAAUUAGCUAUGAUGGCCUAGACAAAUUUGAGAAACAAAUUUUUCUUGAUAUAGCAUGCUUCUUUUUCAAUGAGAAGAAGACAAGAUGCAAUUUAUGCGUGGGACGAUUGUCGACUUGAUCCCAUAAUAGGAAUUAACAUCCUUACCCAGAAGUGCUUGAUAAAGGUAUUGGACAAUGGUAAGCUUUGGAUGCAUAAUCAAUUAAUAGCAUUGGGAAGGCAAAUUGUCCGUGAAGACAGUCAAGGUGACCUCAAAAAGCAAAGUAGGUUGUGGAUUGCAAAAGAGGCCAUGAAAAUCAUGGGAACUUUGGAGAGGAAGGACAAGGUUGAAGCACUUGAUAUAGAUGGACUAGAUGACUUCGUAGAGAUUAGAAAUGAAGAGUUUGAAAGGUUCCAGAAUCUAAGACUCCUCAAGUUAGGCAAUGGAACUUGCACUGGGGAUUUUGCCAAAUGUCGUUCGAAGUUGAGAUGGAUUUCUUGGCGUUCUCCUCAUCAAGGUUUUAAGGCAAACAAUAUGCAUUUGGAUUAUCUUCUUGUUUUUAAGCUUGACAAGAAUGGCUUCACUGAUGAUUCAAAAGCAUGGGACUUGAUCAAGAGGGCGCACAAUUUGAAAGUCCUAUCACUUGUUGAAUGUCAUGGUAUAACAACAACCCCAGAUUUCUCUAAAAGCUUGGGUUUAGAGAGGUUGACUCUUGCAAGUUGUAGUAGGCUAAAGGAAAUUGAAAGCUUCAUUGGAUAUCUACCGUCAUUGAUUGAGUUAGAGAUUGAAGAGUGCAAGGGUCUUACAGUUUUGCCUAAAGAAGUGGGGGCACUAGGGAAGCUUGAGCGCUUCUCAUUGUUGGGAUGUUCUAGGUUGAGAGAACUUCCAAGCUCAAUUGGGAAUAUAACCACAUUGAUAGAACUAAACUUAUCAUAUACGGGUAUUAUCAAACUUCCUAACUCCAUCCAAGAUCUAGUGAAACUUGAGUCUUUUCUUUUGAGAGAUACGAGGCUAACGGAACUUCCCGCCUCCAUUGAAAAGUUAAAAUCUUUACGUGUAUUGUGUUUAUCAAUAAGUGGAUUGUCUCCUUUGGAGCAUGUUUGGCAAUUACCUAGUGGCAUCGACAUGUUGAAAAAUCUUGAGGAGUUGGAUCUCUCUAGGUGUGUUGAAAUGAAAGGAGAAAUUUCAGUUGGAAUUAGAGAAUUGUCAUCUUUAGCAAUCCUGAAUUUAAGAGAUUGUCAUGGGAUUCAAGUGUUGCCGGAGCUUCCCACAAGUUUGACCUUUCUAUUUCUUCAAUCUAAAUCAUUGCUCUCAGUCCCCAAUCUAUCAAACCUUACUAAUUUGGUUGAACUGCUACUAAGUGAUGAUUCUCGUAAUACAGGCAAGUCAAACCUAUUACCAUCAUGUGACUUAAGGUGGAUUGGGAGGUUAUCUAGACUGAAAAAGUUAGAGUUAAAUCUGCUAAAUGUACUUGCACCUCAAGAGUUGGCUUCUCUUUCUCAUCUAGAAGAGCUUACUUUGUGUUACCUAGACCUAGAAACCCUUGUGCAGCUUCCGUCCUCCCAUUGGAGUUUGGAAAAUUUGUCGACUUUAGAGUUCUAUCGGUGUGAAGUGGAAGCCAUUCCACUAGAAAAACUUCCACGAUUAAAGAAAUUAAAUAUUGAUGGUUGUAAACAACUUGAGAGAUUAUACAUUCCUUUGGAAUUAAGGAAAUUACGCCAGGCGUGGGUGUCACUUUGUCCAAAGCUAGUUGAGAUACAGGUUUUGGGUCUUUCCACAUCAUUGAAAUCCUUGAGGGUUUCUGGGUGUGAAUCUCUUAUAAGAAUAGGUGGCUUAUCAAACUUGAAGAACCUGGAGGAAUUGGUAAUCCAACAGUGCAAUGUACUUAUUAAUGUUGAGGGCCUUCGUGAGCUAGAGUCUCUGAAAUCCUUGGAUGUCAAAGAGUGCAUGUCUUUGACAAAAGUGAUCGAUGCAUUUUGCACAAAUAUACCGGAUGAUUGCCUCGUCGAAAUAUCGGGGUGUGGGGACUUCAUCAAACGAGGUGCAACAUCCUUGAAGCAUUACAAAGAGGAGACUCUUAUGGAUAAACCAAACAAGAGGAUGAAGAAAAUGGAAGAUGACGGUAGAGAGCAACCGGCAGACGGGGAAACUUCCGAUAGAAAUUAUUGUGCAAUUGCAGCUGUUCAGAAUGUAGUUGGAAUUGAUGAUCGUGCAAAACAAAUCAUCGACUUACUGGAAAUGGAAGUCAAUGAUGAGGUGUGCAUUAUUGGAAUCUAUGGAAUUGAUGGAAUUGGCAAGACGACUCUUGCCAAGGCUGUAUACGACCAGAUCUCUUCUUGUUUCGACAGUUGUAGCUUUCUCGCAGAGGUCGAAGAAACCACCCAAAAUUCUCGUGGUAUUCAGUUUUUGCAAAAUAAGUUUAUAUGUGAUAUCCUUGAACGAGAUCAUGAAGAUCUUUCUUUUGAUGAAACAAUAAAAGAUUUCGUGGAUAUAUUUUGUGAAAUGAAAGUUCUAAUAGUUGUCGAUGCCGUGGAAAAGCCAUCCGAUCUUCAUGCUAUUGUAGGAGACCAGCUUCAUUGGUUUGGUCCAGGUAGUCGAGUAAUUGUGACUUCUCAAAAUGAGGAAAUUCUCGGAGGGUAUGAUUCCGACAAGGCUGCCACCUAUAAGGUUAGUGAGUUGGAUGAUGGUCAAGCUUUUGAACUUUUCUGCAAGCAUGCUUUCAGGAUGCAAUCUUCCAUGCCUGAUUAUGAUGGACUCUCAAACCGCAUUGUCAAUGCUACAAAGAAACUACCAUUAGCAGUUGAAGUCAUCGGUUCAUUUUUGCGGGGUAAAUCAAUACAAGAAUGGGAAAAGAUGGAGAAGGCAAUGAAAGCACGUCCGAUGAGUUCUCAAAAGACUAUGGUUGGCCUUCAAGAGCUAUUGGAUAUAUGUUACGGAGAACUGGAUCAUCGGCAAAAAGAUAUAUUUCUGGACAUAGCAUGUUUCAUCUCUGGUGUGGAUGCCCGAAUUGCUUCAUAUAUGUGGCCCAAUUGUUAUCCAUCCUCUGGUUGCAUUCUGGUGCCCCUGGCAAAAAUUGGAGAAAACAAUGAAUUGCAGAUGCACAGAUUGCUGAGACGCCUUGGCAAAAAAAUGUUUGAGCAAGAGGGAUCUGGAGAUCCAAUUGGGAGAAAAUUUUACGUAGAGGAGAAGGAAAUGGAAAACGUUGAAGCUCUCUGCCUUGACUACACAGCUGGAGAUUUUCAGAUGAUGCCAGAACUAAGGUUUCUCAGGCUGGAUAAUGCCAAAGUUUCCGGAAACUUUGAAGGUGCAUUAGCUAGUUUAAGGUGGCUCUGUUGGCAAAGGUGUCCUCUGGAUUUUAGUGCCAAAAAUUUUUUGUUAACAGAGUUGGUCAUUCUCGAUCUGUCCUGGAGCAAAGUCACGGAAGAAUGGGGAGGUUGGAGUGAAAUCAAGAUGAAGAAAUUGAAAGUCUUGAAUCUUACUGGGUGCUCUGACUUACUGUUCACUCCCGACUUCUCUGGUUACGAAUAUUUGGAAAUCCUGAUUCUUGAACGAUGUUCUCAUUUGGUGAAGCUAGAUCCUUCAAUUGGCAAUUUGAAACGUUUAGUUUCCCUGAAUUUGAAGUUCUGCUCCCAAUUGAACGGGUUGCCAAUGGAACUAGGUUGUACGCCAGCUCUGAAAGAGCUUUUUAUUGACGGGACUUCUGUACGGCAGAUCCCCAUCUCCAUAGGCAAUUUGAAGCAACUCGAAAUUCUCAGUGGCUUGAAGUGCUUCCCAUUGACUCACCUGCCCAGUUCGAUUUGUUAUCUGGCUGCUCUCUCCGAACUCUCAUUAGAUGGUGCCAAAAUUUCUAAGCUCCCGAGCUCACUGGGGGAGCUGCUCAAGCUAAGACGCUUGUCAUUGAGGGAUUGCCGUUAUUUGAGGAAACUUCCAUAUUCUAUCGGUGAAAUGAGGUCAUUAGAGGAGUUGGAUAUAUCGGCGACUAGUAUCCCUGAACUCCCCGAUUCAAUAAGAAAGCUGAAAAGCUUGAGAGUGCUGAGAAUGGACUCUUCUUUCAUUCGAGCGAUUCCUGGGGAGAUUGGGAAUCUAACCAAGCUCGAAGAACUACACGCUUCGUGGUGCCCGAGUUUGAAGGGGGCCAUUCCCGGUGAUAUUGAGGCGCUACAUCGUCUUAGAUCACUGACGCUGGGGCAUUCCAGUAUAUCUAGCCUACCCCCUGAAGUCUCCACCAUCUCUGGUCUUCACACCCUGGAUUUAAUUCAGUGCAAUGAAAUUGAAAAAUUGCCGAAGCUUGCCCCUUCUCUAAUAUGUCUGCGCGUGAGUUCUAAAAGGAUGAAAGCGAUACGCCAUCUUGGAAAUUUAAAGGAAUUGGAGGAGCUGUGCCUAAGUGAUGGGGACCCGAAAGCACGCCGACCACCCUCCGCGAUAGAAGAGAUUGAAGGGUUUGAAGGGCUUAAAGCCCUGAAGAGGCUAGAUAUAUCGAACUGCAAAAUACGAAAUAUCAAUGGGAUUGGCCAGUUAACCUCACUGGGUAGUUUGAUUCUUUCCUACUGUGAUUACCUCGAUAGUUUACCUGAUCUUUCAAACUUGAAGUCGCUGAAAGUUUUAGAGAUCAGACGAUGCAAAAUGAUCCAUCAAAUUGAAGGCCUAGAAAAAUUGACGACUUUGGAAAAGCUGAAUAUCAGAGAAUGUCCGGCUGAGAACUCGGUGCAAGUACAGAAUGCGCGGAAGGAUGUGCGGGCACGUUUAAAAGGAAAAUUGUGCACCGGUUGAUUUUCUCGUCAAAAUUUCAGCUGGCGAAAUUAAAGGCCUCAAGUAUCUUUUCUGGCAGAUUUGUCACUUAGAAAAUCGGGUCACUUUAUGUUUGGACGCAGCAGAAUGAAGAUCCGUCUGGCUACGGCAGAGUCCGAGAGGCUACUAAACCGAUGGACUUCUCAUUUUUAUUUACCUAUGGUUCAUGACGUUAUGCCUGUAGUUGAUUGGACAAAUUUUUAGUUAGCAUGUGUCUCCCUACUUUUAGAUCAAGUCUAUGAAUUCCCCUGCCAAAAUCAACUUUGUCGUAGGGUUAUCUGAAGAUAAGGAUGUUUUGCAUCUUUUGACACGAGGACAUCGUUAAUUUUUAUAUUAAUUUUUCAUUACAUGCUGGUCA